UGAACAUUGGCGGCCUUGUCAGACAAGUCUUGUCCCAGUGUGCGGAACGCAGCCACGGAACUGCUGCUGAAUCUCUUUCUAUCCUACUAGAAUUCCAGUUGAAAAGUUAAAAAGAAAAAAAGUAUUGUUACUUCUGUAAACAGGAAGAUGAAAUUCAUUGUUGUGUUCGGUCUCGUGCUGGCCAUCGCCCACGCCACACCGGUCGACCAAGUUGAUAAAGUAGAGGAAUUGGUGUCAGCGGUGGUACCCGAGAAAGAACCAAUCAUCUCCGAAUCGUCUGUGCAAGAUCGAAGUGAUCCGCUUGCAAAUCUCAACCUCGCCAAUCUGGUAGGAGCUUCCAAUGUGGCCAAUUUGACGUCCAUCAUUCAGCAGCUCGUAAGAGAGGAGGUCAAAAACAUUUUGUUGGCUCUCCAAAGCGCCCAGAGUAACACCGUCAGCACUCUGACCAGCUUGAUCAAUUCGGAUGAAUCGGAUGACAAAUCAACCCCAUCGAUUGCCAAACCAGAAGUAGAAAAGCAGGCCGAGAAGGAGGCCAAGCCAGUUUACUUUUUGCCCCGUCGUCCUGGCUACUUCCCACCACAUCAUCCACUUUAUUACGGACCUCAAGAGCCUGUCCCUUAUUACAAUGAGGAGCCUUACUUCUACCGCGGUGGCCCGCAAUGGCGCCGCAUCAACCCAACGGACGAGAGCCUCAGCGAUAUGGAUGCUCUCGCUCAACUAGAAUUACUUUUGAAUGAGAAAGGUGAAAUGUCUAGCGAAGCUCGCGGCCUCAUGUCCAGCCUUUCGUCUACCACCAAUUCAGCCAAGGCCAGCUUUAAAUCGUUCGUCAAUUCUCUGUCGGCGGCGCUGCCUUCGUUUUCGAUCGUCAGGAAAACUUACUUGGUGCCCGGCUUGGCCAUCAACGGCUAAAUUCGAAACAAAUUGAUUUGAAACGUACCAAGACGUAGUUAGCUGCAUUAUUUUCAGGCGUUUUGAUCCCAGUUCAGUAUUUAUUAUAUCCCGUCAGUGUCAUGGCUGCUUCCUGUGUUCCGUUACACUUUUUUUUUUUCGAUUACUGCGUCAUAAACAUGUUAUUCGAACCUCAAAUACAAAAAACUGUUACACUAA